UAUACCGAGGCAGGCAAGAGGUGCACGGGAAGGGAAUGCCAUAUCAUCUGGUUUGCUUAGGAGAGGAUGGAAGAAUGAGAAAAAAAAAACUCUCAUUACUGGUUCACUGUUGCCCCGUGCUUGUGUUCCCUCGCUGGGCUUCCGGGUACACGGGAUAUUGCUACCAUUUAUUUAUCCGCGCGCUGCACUCUCUGUAUUCUAUCCCCCGUUGAUCCAGUUACUGUAAUCCCUGCCUUGUAUCAUACACCGAAAUGUGUCUCUUUCACUUUCAGUAGCCCUUGACGGUAACGUGUAGCUUUUGUGUCUCUCCAUAGUAGGCGGAGUGGAGCCUCACUUCCCCUGCCCUCCACCAUUAACUCUACGGUGCCAGGCUGUCGCAUUUCACUAACUGGUCCACAAUACUCCACCCUCUUUACCUCUUUGCCUCCCUCCUCAGGCCUGCCACUCCCCUCCCCUCGCACCCUGAUGCAUGAGUGUCACCCUGGCCACCACGCCCGCGCCACCCUGGACCGUGUGUGCCCUGCUCGCUCUCUCCGCUCUACGUGUUUUUACUCCACCAUGAUCACAGACUGUACACGUAUUACCCUGUAUAUUGAUCCGCUUUUUUUUAUAUGUGUGUGUGCACCGCCACCCUCCACCACGGCCUUGCUCCCACCACACGUGACGGAGAAGGCUUCACACCACCGCCGCAAUGCUCUCCAUGUUCAGAUAGUCGUCUCCCCUUUGCUAUAUUGUAUAAAUCAUAUACAUACGGGUACAUUGUGUCUCCUGACUGCCCUGUAGAUGUACAGUUUUAUAGGUAAUCUGAGUUCCCUUACACGUGAGGUGUGUAACGCUUCCUUGUCUCCCCAGGUGGAAGGUAAAGCUCAGCCCGCCGCCUGCAGGGGACGACGUAGAGGACGGCGAAUGGCUGGAGGAGGCAGCCAGCGGGACCUUCCAGGACUGGAUGGACGGUUCCCCUUCCAGUAACCUUUCCUAUGGUUCAGACAACGCCUCCACCGCCACCACCGCCAUCGCCACCGCCGCUGCAGCCUGCGUCGCUAACGGGUCGGCCGUGUGUGUCAGCGAAAACCACACCUCCAUCUUUGACAGCCCGCCGCCUUUCAGCCUCCCGUCGACCGUGUUCAUUGGGGUGUGCCUGAGUCUGUGCAUCGCCAUCACCGUCGUGGGCAACAUCCUUGUGCUCAUGGCCUUCUUCUGUGAAAGAGCCAUCCGGCAGCCCUCCAACUACUUCCUGGCGUCCCUGGCCGUCACGGAUAUCCUCAUCGGCUCUGUGUCUAUGCCCUUCUACACUGUGUACGUGCUGGUGGGCUACUGGGACCUGGGCCCCAUCCUAUGUGACCUGUGGCUCUCCGUGGACUACACCGUCUGCCUGGUGUCACAGUUUACGGUCCUCCUCAUCACCAUUGACCGGUUUUGCUCUGUCAAGAUCGCUGCCAAGUACCGCGCCUGGCGCACCAAGAACCGCGUCAUCAUCAUGGUGCUGGUGACGUGGGUGGUGCCGGCGCUGCUCUUUUUUGUCAGCAUUUUUGGGUGGGAGCAUUUUAUUGGAUAUCGUGACCUCGGCCCCGGCCAGUGCAUGGUACAGUUUCUCAAGGACCCUGUCUUCAACACGUCUCUCAUAGUAGCCUACUACUGGAUCCCUCUUGUGGUCCUCUUCAUCCUCUACGCAGGCAUCUACCAAACCGCCUACGAGAUGUCCAAGAAGGCGCGGGAAAAAAGGAAACAGGCGCAGGCCAUGAUGAACCUGGGGCCGGCCAGUGCCAGACCAAGCCCCGCACCGGUACUCAAGUCUGCCGGCGCCGCCCCACCAGGCCACGGCGGCAAAGGCGAGGGCGGCUGUGGUAUGACGCUCUCCAAAACUCAGAGCACCCUCUUCAGUCAGGACCAGCCCAAGCCUGAGCCUCAGGGUGACGGCACGGCGCCGCCCGCUGACGACACUGACCCUUCCCAGAAGACGUCUUCCAAAACACUGACAGAUGUGGCAGACCUUUUAAAGAACAAAAACAUGGAAAAGGACUUUGAGAAAUCAAGUAGCGGCAUUGAGAGUGAGGACGAGAAACGAUGCAGCAGCCAGAACCUCGCCAAGAUGGACCAGCCGGCCUCUACCCUGCCGUCCGUCCAGCCUCCCAGCCUGCCCGCGAUGGCGGCCCGCUGCCUCCUGGACGUGGACACCACCGUCACGCGCCUCACGCAGCCUGCCAUCCAGCCCGUGCCGGCAGAUUCUGCCGCGGCGCUGCUCAGUAGCAGCCACUGGGGCAACGGAGACCUGCCGCAGACAGGCUCGCGUCCCCUCAGCCUGCUGGGGGAGCUGCCCAUCGUACCACCGCCGCCACCCUCCACUGUGCACUUCGGUAUCCAUCCCCUGGCGGCCUCGACGCCUCUCAAUCCCGCCACCUCCUCCAUCCUGGAGCCUAUCGCGCCGCCAGCCAUGUUCGCUGACUUCCCGACUCCAUCGCCGCCGCCACCACCGUCACGUCCCACCUCGCUAGAGCUGAAGGCCGUCACGCCCACCGGCCCUGACUCAGUCAUGUCGAUGGACACAAGCGACAUGAGGUUCAUGGAUGAAAGCUCCGUAGUCGUCCCCUCGCCAGUGGUGGAGACUCCACCAUCGUCCAGCUGGACACAUCAGAACGGCACGCUUUCCGCUGAUGACUUGGCGCGCUGUCUGGACGCACCCACCGCGGUCCCCUCUCCGUCAAACACUGUUACGCCCACGCCGAUCGCCUCCGUCAACGGAAACGGAUCCCUAUACAACGGCUCCGAGUCACUACAUUCCUUCCCCAAGUCGUCAGCCUCAGAGCCCACCCCGCCGCUGCCCCCUCACCCAUCGCCCACUGAGGGUGUCACUGUGAACCCUGUCUCACCCCCACAGGCCGGCGCCACGCCCGCUACCAUCACCACAACUGCCACUGACAACACUGCCACCACCACCUUGACCCUAUCGCCCCCUGUGGUCUCCCUGGCGCCUGACAGCGAGUCUAAUAGCGUGGAGAGCUUCCGCUGCCCGGCCAACGGUGGUCCUCAAACAGACGCCAUUGUCACCCCCAGCCGAGGACAGGACAGCAGCAUCGAGCCUGACAGCUUCGCCGAGACUUCUCAGGUGGACGAGAAGACGCGUCCGAAGAAGGCUGUGCUCAGAAAUCUCGGCAAGAAGAUGCGCCUCAAAAAGAAGAAGAAAGACACCGAAAAAGACAAGAAGUCAAAAUCACACAACCGCGCCAACAAGGCUCUGAAGACCAUCUCGGUAAUCAUGGGCGCCUUCGUGGCCUGCUGGACGCCCUACCACAUCAUCGCCAUCAUGGAGUCCUUCUGCCAGUGCACCAACGCCCAUGUCUACAUGUUUUUCUACUUCCUUUGUUAUGCCAACAGCCCAAUCAACCCCUUCUGCUACGCUCUCGCCAACCAGCAGUUCAAAAAAACCUUCACGCGGCUCCUCAAGGGCGAUUUCCACAUGAACUAGGCCGACGCCGCGGGUGUUGUCCUGCGACGGGAGUGUUGUCGAGGCGAUAGCUCAGGUGUGAGUGUUGUGAACAGACUGAUGAGCUGGUUAUAAAACGGGACCCAAAGUAUGCGUGUAUGCAUGAGAGAGAGAGAGAGAGAGAGAGAGAGAGAGAGAGAGAGAGAGAGAGAGAGAGAGAGAGAUAUCCCCCUAA